AUGGGUGGAGGCGAGGCCGUGGAAUCCAGUUCAAGGCCGGGUUUUUUCAAAGAACCGAAAUAUCGCGGAGUCCGGAAAAGGCCGUGGGGCCGGUUCGCCGCCGAAAUCAGAGACCCUUUGAAGAAAGCAAGGGUUUGGCUCGGAACCUUCGACUCCGCGGAGGACGCGGCGCGUGCGUACGAUGCGGCGGCGAGAACUCUCCGGGGACCCAAAGCAAAGACCAACUUCCCUCUCCCUCCGCAGUUCUACAACCCCGAUCCGUUCUCCGACCACCGGUACUUCGCCGGUGCCGGUGAUCCCUUUUACGAUCACCGGCAACCAACCUCCAGCGGCAUGAGCAGCACCGUCGAGUCUUUCAGCGGCCCACGCGCCGCCGUUAUUAAGGCGGUGCCGGUGACCACCGCCCGGAGAUACCCGAGGACGCCGCCGAUCGUCCCCGAGGACUGCCGCAGCGACUGCGACUCGUCAUCCUCCGUCGUGGACGACGGAGACGGCGACAACGCGGCCUCGUCCUUCCGGCGAGAACCGUUGCCGUUUGAUCUAAACGCGUUGCCGUUGGAGGAUGCUGACGUGGCAAACGGUAGCGUGGAUAAUGAUAUGUUCUGCACCGUUCUUUGUCUCUGA